AUGUUUCGCGCAGAGAUUGUUGAAUUGACGCCUGAAGAGCUCGAGGAGCUGGGGUACCUCAGCGAUAAUGUUGCCCCUAACAUUAAGGCAACGGUAGAGAAGGUGCUUGCCAACCCCAAAUACCUGAGUGUGGUGACUGUGUUCAUGAUUGAGGUCGCCAUUCGCCAGAACACUAAAGCCAACAGCCCUCAUGGCGCUGCUCGUUUUUCACCUCCCCCCUCCCCUACGUCUCCUUCAUCUCCCACUUCCACAGUCAGUGAUGUCGACACGCUGUUCUCGCAAUACAGCACCGCCCCAACCAUUGUCACCCCCGAUUCUACAAGGGGCCUUCGGCGUGAUCGCCGUAGACUGGGACCUUGCUUUAAAUGGGGCCAUUUGACUCGAUCGCGCCGUUAA